AUGGAGACGUCUCUACGAUCUGGUAUUGAGGGCCGCCUCCACCUGCAUGUCUUCAUGGAGUUCAAUAAAGCUGUUGAUUGGACAGGCCUUCGUGCCGUCACUUUCAACGGCGUUCGACCCAAUGCGCAAGCCACAGCAGGUCGGGGGGCGAAGAUGAGGGAAAUGAAAAACCACGGUCAUUUCUAUGUCUUUGCGGACAAGGUCGGGACUUUGAAGGUAGCCACAUCUGGGUAUGAACCUUGGAAAGAUUAUCCAGUCAAAGGCUGGUGUCAAGUGCGCCUUGGCUUCGUCGGAAGGCUGAAGCAAGUGGAGAGUGUUCGCUUCCACGAGCGCCUCGGCGAAUACCAGGCCGAGCAGCUCGCCACGGAGCAAAGGCUCCAGGCUUUGAAGCGACCUUUCCGACCUGAAGUUUUGGCUGCUCUGCAGCCCUGGGCUGACCAGUACAGCGCGGACCAACUCCGGUACAAGUUCCUGGUCUUGCGGGGGGGGUCCAGAACUGGUAAGAGCACGCUGGCGAAGUCGCUUGGCGAUGUAUAUGGCUGGGGCAGCCCUUACAUCCAGACGGUUCAGGGUGCACCGGCCCCUGAUCUGAAGGAGUUUGACAAAGAGUCUCACGGGUACAUUCUCUUUGACAACGUGAAUGAUAUGCAGUUCGUGCUGGACUACCGCGCCCUGGUGCAGUCCAACAACUCCGUGCACACACUGGGUCAAUCCCAAACAGGCAUGUAUGCAUAUCGUGUGUGGGUCUACAAAGUCCCCAUAGUCAUGACCGUGGAUGACAGUGCUGUGUGGAAUUCUCACGAGCCCUGGAUCCGCGAAAACAUGUUUGAGCUGGUGCUGCGCGGCCCGUGCUACGAGUGA